CUUCUUGUGACACUCAAAACACACUGCAACUUCCACGGCUAAAUCAAGCAACACCAAGUCAAAAUCCGCCAUUAACGAUGCUUCUUCAAAACUUCUCCAACACCAUUUUCCUUCUCUUUCUCUUCUUCACACUCCUCUCCGCCACUAAACCCCUAAAUCUCACUCUCCCUCACCAACAUCCUUCCCCUGAUUCCGUCGCUCUUCAUGUCAUCAGGAGUGUCAAUGAAUCUCUUGCAAGAAGACAACUAGGCUCAUCCUCAUCAUCAUCAUCAUCCUCCUCUUGCCGUACCGGAAACCCAAUCGACGAUUGCUGGAAAUGCAGCGACUCAGACUGGUCAUCAAACCGACAAAGACUCGCCGACUGUUCAAUCGGCUUCGGACACGGCACACUCGGAGGCAAAAACGGCAAGAUCUACGUCGUAACAGACUCAUCCGACAACAACCCAACAAACCCAACACCAGGAACACUCCGUUACGGCGUAAUCCAAGAAGAGCCACUCUGGAUCGUCUUCUCUUCAAACAUGCUCAUCAGAUUAAAACAAGAACUCAUCAUCAACAGCUACAAAACCUUAGACGGUCGUGGCUCAGCCGUACACAUUACCGGAAACGGUUGCUUAACUCUCCAAUACGUUCAACACAUCAUCAUCCACAACCUCCAUAUCUACGACUGUAAACCUUCAGCUGGAUUCGAAAAACGUGGUAGAUCCGAUGGAGAUGGGAUCUCGAUUUUCGGAUCUCAGAAGAUCUGGGUUGAUCAUUGUUCUAUGAGUCAUUGCACCGACGGGCUUAUUGAUGCUGUGAUGGGUUCAACAGCUAUAACUAUAUCUAACAAUUACUUCACGCAUCACGACGAAGUGAUGUUGUUGGGUCAUGAUGAUAACUAUGCUCCUGAUACGGGGAUGCAAGUGACGAUAGCGUUUAAUCAUUUUGGACAAGGGCUUGUUCAGAGGAUGCCUAGAUGUCGGAGAGGUUAUAUUCAUGUAGUGAAUAAUGAUUUCACUGAGUGGAAAAUGUAUGCUAUUGGUGGUAGUGGUAAUCCCACCAUUAACAGUCAAGGAAAUCGUUACGCUGCUCCUUCUGAUCCUAGCGCUAAAGAGGUGACGAAGCGAGUGGACUCGAAGGACGAUGGUGAAUGGGCGAAUUGGAAUUGGAGAACAGAAGGAGAUUUGAUGGAGAAUGGAGCUUUCUUUGUGGCUUCUGGUGAAGGAAUGAGCUCAAUGUACUCUAAAGCUUCUAGUGUUGACCCUAAAGCUGCUUCUCUCGUCGACCAGCUCACUCGAAACGCUGGCGUUUUUGGCGGUCCCAGGGAUGAUCAAGGUCAGAGUGGCAAUUCUUAUUCUCCUUAUGGAGGCGACGGUGGAGGUGGGAGCAGCGGAGGAGGGAUGGACGAUAUGGGUGGUAUGAGCGGUACAACGAGAGGAAGCAGCAGCAGCGGCGACGACAGCAAUGUCUUCCAGAUGAUAUUUGGAAGCGAUGCACCGUCUCAGCCGCGAUUAACGUUAUUGUUUUCUUUGUUAAUGAUUUCGGUUUUGUCAUUAUCAACUCUAUUAUUGUGGUAGAACGGAUGGAUAACAAAUAGGAUUUGGACCG